GGGCCUAGCGGGGAGCCCGGCACAGGUCAGCAGCAUGGCGGUCUUGCUGGCUGUGAGCCGGUCGGGGGUUGCACCUGCAGCUGCCUGGAGUGUCUCGCUGGUCUCCUGCCGGAGGUUGGCCGGUGCCCCAGCAGACACAGUGUACGAUGUGGUGGUGUCGGGUGGAGGCCUCGUGGGCGCCGCCAUGGCCUGUGCCUUGGGACACGAUAUUCACUUUCAUGAUAAGAAAAUCCUGUUGCUAGAAGCAGGUCCAAAGAAAGUAUUGGAGAAAUUACCAGAAACUUACAGCAACAGGGUCAGCUCCAUUUCUCCUGGCUCUGCAACACUUCUCAGUAGUUUUGGUGCCUGGGACCACAUCUGCAACAUGCGAUACAGAGCCUUUCGGCGAAUGCAGGUGUGGGACGCCUGCUCAGAGGCCCUGAUCAUGUUCGAUAAGGAUCACUUAGAUGACAUGGGCUACAUAGUGGAGAAUGAUGUCAUCAUGCACGCUCUCACUAAGCAGCUGGAGGCUGCGUCAGACCGAGUGACGGUUCUCUACAGGAGCAAAGCAGUUGGCUAUACGUGGCCUUAUCCAUUUCCCACGUCAGACUCCAGUCCUUGGGUUCAUAUUACCCUAGGUGACGGCAGCACCCUCCAGACCAAAUUGUUGAUUGGUGCAGAUGGUCACAACUCAGGCGUACGGCAGGCUGCUGGGAUCCAGAAUGUUAGCUGGAACUACGAUCAGUCCGCUGUUGUGGCUACUCUGCAUUUAUUGGAGGCUACAGAAAACAAUGUAGCUUGGCAGAGAUUUCUUCCCUCUGGGCCCAUCGCUCUGCUCCCGCUCUCAGACACCUUGAGUUCCUUGGUUUGGUCCACAUCCCAUGAUCACGCAGCAGAGCUGGUCAGCAUGGAUGAGGAAAACUUUGUGGACGCCAUUAACUCUGCCUUUUGGAGUGACGCCAACCACACGGACUUCAUCGACUCGGCCAGCAACAUGCUGCACUACGCGGUUGCCUUUCUGAAGCCGACCAAGGCCUCGGCUCGCCAGCUGCCCCCAAGCAUAGCUGGGGUGGACGCCAAAAGCCGAGUGCUGUUUCCUCUUGGGUUGGGACAUGCUGCUGAGUAUGUCCGGCCUCGGCUGGCGCUCAUCGGGGAUGCAGCCCACAGAGUCCAUCCACUCGCAGGACAAGGUGUCAACAUGGGCUUCGGGGAUAUCUCCAGCUUGGUCUAUCACCUAAGUACUGCAGCCUUCAAUGGGAAAGACUUAGGCUCCAUGAGCCACCUCACAGGUUAUGAAACAGACCGACAGCGUCACAACACUGCUCUUCUGGCUGCCACCGACCUGCUGAAAAGGCUCUAUUCCACCAGCGCCACUCCACUUGUGCUGCUCAGGACGUGGGGCCUGCAGGCCACAAAUGCAGUAUCUCCACUCAAAGAACAGAUUAUGGCCUUUGCAAGCAAGUGAAUGCUUCUCUUCUGGAGAUUAUGCUGAUGAAAAAUGAACAUCCUUUUCCAAGACCACCACAUAGUUUCAAGAUUUAAUUUAAUAAAUUUACGUUCCAUUAGAA